AUGAAACGACAUUACACUACGUUACACGAGAAAACGUUUCGCCAGUAUUCAGGGGACUCGAGGCAGGCUAUCAUAACGGAUUACAAGAAAAAACUAAAACAACAAACAAGUUUUUUCAAAAAAUCGGACUCUGAUAACAAGUGCAGUAUUGCCCUCUCUUACAAAAUAGCGCUGGAAAUUGCCAAAACAAAAAACCUUUUAGUGAUGGAGUGCUUAUCAAAAAGUGUGCAAUAG